AGAGGUUGGUAAUAUGUUUCCUCUGAUCUGUCUGCGCUUGUCUUCUGCAGCCUUCACUUUGACAUUUGGAGCAUGUGUGAACGAGGCGGCGGCGCGGAGCGGCCAUCCCUGAAACAUCAGGGGUAGGCGAAGUGACACAGCAAUUCCCCCGAUGUAUUUUUAAUUCAUCAGUCUCUUCUGUGAGGAAUUGUCUAAUAUAAGUGCAGUCAUCAUGACAUCGGUUUGGAAGAGACUUCAGCGCGCUGGCAAAAGAGCGUCGAAGUUCCAUUUUGCCGCGUCCUUUCAAGAACUCACCAUUGAGUGCACUAAGAAGUGGCAGCCAGACAAACUGCGAGUGGUUUGGACCAGACGAAACAGACGCAUCUGCAGCAAGCUUCAUGGCUGGCAGCCAGGUAUCAAGAACCCAUACAGGGGGACUGUGGUUUGGCAGGUUCCUGAGAGCGUGGACAUCACUGUCACUCUUUUUAAGGAUCCAAAUGCAGAUGAAUUUGAGGAUAAAGACUGGACCUUCAUCAUAGAAAAUGAAACAAAGGGCCACCGAAAAGUUUUAGCGUCAGUGGAUGUGAACAUGAAGAAAUACACAAGCGCGACCCCAGCUCAGUUUGACCUGGCACUUACACUGAAGCCUCUGUCUGUGAAAGUGUUGGAUGCCAUGCUUAAACUCACCCUGUCCUGUGUCUUCCUGAAGGAGGGCAAGGCUACUGAUGAAGACAUGCAAAGUCUGGCGAGUCUGAUGAGUCUGAAGCCGUCUGACAUUGGAAACCUGGAGGACUUCAAUGACAGUGAUGAAGAGGAGGACAAAAGAAUGUGUGCAGCAGUGAAAAUGGCCACAGCAGUAAUAGAGCAACACAGACAGUUAAGUGUGUUAGCAGAGGAGGAAUGUCCCAAUACAAUGUCGUCUGCUGAUGAGGAUGCAGAUGUUCAUCAAAACUAUGAAUCCCACCCUCGCAGAGUAAUCAGUAUAGCUAACCAAAGACCAAACAGCAGUAUGGACAAGCAACAGCCUGUUUUUGGACUUGAGGUUGUGCGGCCUGCAAAAGGACAUGCAUCAGCUGAAGAUUCCUCCAGUCGUCCUGUGCCAAUGCCUCGCGUGAAGAAAUGUUUAAGUGCCUCUUUCCCAGAAGACGUCUCCAUUCCCAGUUCCUCAUCAGCCAGUCAAAAUGAGGUUUCAGAAAAGGCAAGUAAUGAGCCCACAGUGCCUGUUUGUAAUAAACGAAGAGCUGCAGCAGAUGCCAUACACCUUCAGGGAAGUUCCACAGCUCACACAUCCCCAACCAGUGAAACAGAGAUUGCGACCUUGGUGAAUUCAAGUCAAUCUCUGUUGGAAUGGUGCCAAAAGGUCACACAAGGUUACAAAGGCGUCCGGAUAUCAAACUUCAGCACCUCAUGGAGAAACGGCCUCGCUUUCUGUGCCAUCCUGCAUCACUUCCAUCCAGAUAAAGUGAAUUAUGAAAUGCUGGAUCCAUAUGACAUUAAGCGCAACAACAAGAAGGCGUUUGAUGGCUUUGCUGAACUGGGCAUCUCUAGGUUGAUAGAGCCCUCUGACAUGGUGCUGCUGGCAGUGCCUGAAAGGCUCAUCGUGAUGACAUAUCUCAACCAGAUCCGCACCUAUUUCACAGGCCAGGAGCUCAGUGUUAUACAGAUCGAGAAGAACAGCAGCGAGUCCAGUUACGCUGUUGGUGAGAAGAGGGAGGAAGCCGACACUGAAGCCGCUGUUCGCUACUGUGCCGAAAGGCUCCAGAGCAGCGGCAUCACUCUAGAGACCAAUGGAAGCUUCCCUGAAAAGGAAGUCAAGGGAGGUGCUGGUGUUUUGGUGCCACCUUCAAGAACGAAGCGAGCGCAGGGCCCAAGCCAGGCUGGAGGAUCAGGAGCCACUCAGCCUCCAGUGGCACCACCCAGAAAGGCUUUUUCUCAUCUGAAGGAUGCAGAUCUUGUUAAAAAGCGCAGAUCGAAGCUGCGGGGAGAGUCACUGGAUGAGCCUGAACCACACGAACAGCAGAGUGGUACAGAGGUUGCAUCAGUCCAAGCAGAAAGUGAAGCAGCCAAAGGAGGUUCAGAGUCACAAAAUGUAGAGAAUGUUGAAGAGGCUACUGCAGGAGGGAAUCAGGAUGGCAGCCAAUAUGUACUUAGUGAGAUACAGGCGCUGGAGGCUGAACAGAAGCAGAUAGAUCACAGAGCAGACAUUGUGGAGAAGAAACUAAAAAGACUUAUGGAAUCUGGUAGUGAUCGUGUAGAAGAAGAGACACUGAUUCAGGAGUGGUUUACCCUGGUCAACAAGAAGAAUGCUUUGAUCAGGAGACAAGACCAUCUGCAGUUACUGCAAGAAGAGCAAAAUUUGGAGAGAAGGUUUGAGCUGCUAAAGAAAGAGCUUCAAGAUUUAAUGGCUGUGGAAGAAUGGAAGAAAACCCAGGCCCAUAAAACCAGAGAGCAGCUAUUGUUGCAGGAGCUGGUGUCUUUAGUCAACCAGAGAGACGAGCUUGUGCAUGACAUGGACGCCAAAGAGAGAGGGGCUCUUGAAGAGGACGAGAGAUUGGAGAGAGGGCUAGAAAUGAGGCGCAGGAAAUAUGGAAGUCGGAAAGAGAAGUGUGUGCUACAGUGAGCGAUCCUAUGCACCUGCUUUUAUACAGGACCGUCCCCCAUUAAACACUGUGCUGAUGGACUAGUGACUGAGGGGUGUGUGUGUGUGUGGACCAUAUCACAACAAAUGACAAGGAGAUUGUGACUAGAUGAUGUUAAAAAGUUUGAGCAGCAUGAAUGCUCAUUUCAGGGUGGAUUAAAAUGUCUUCUGUUAGAGACAUUUUUAGUUUCAGAAGUGAAAUAGACAGUUGUAAUGGCCCAUAGUCUUCUGACAGCAGUUCUUGUUUGACAUUUUCAGUAAAAAAUAAUAUACAUGUGGCUUUUGCAGUGUUAUUACCUUAACUUGUUUGUAUAAGUUGGCUGCUGCAGUGAUUUUAAGGUAUCUCAAAGAUAUGUAAAAUAGUACAGUAUAAGUUUUCAGAGUACGAAAGAAGCAUUCAGUUUUAAAUGACACUGCUGUGUUACAAGGAGAUUAUGUUCUGUUAUGCAAGUCAUACAUUUAACUAACCUAACAAGCAGACAAAACAGCACAAAAGCAUGGGAGAAAAUAAACAUUUUGCACACAAUUACUCUAUUAAGGCACUCUUUUAGUUAUUGAUAUAAUUUGCACAAUAUGAUCCCAAUGAUGCUUCUCCAAGUACUGUUACAGUGGUUGCCUGUUCUAUUUGAAGAGCCCUGCUUUAAUGGCCACGUUCACACAGCAGCAGAAUACAGUUAUCAGUCCUGUAUCUUAGUCCUUAAUACGGUUAUGUUCACACACAGUACGGUUAUUUACAGUGUUCAGUGUGCAACUUGAAUACUCCACUCUCCACCCAAAUCUAAAAUCUGCUGUCGGUUAAUGAAGGUUUGACAGAUGAAUUCAUGACUCGUUUGGACUCUAGUCAUGUCAGAAAGUGAUAGGAGUUUUAGUUUUAUGGACGUCACCAUCUUUGAUAUUACUUUGGUCACUGUGGCUAUGGUCACUGGUAAGGAAUACGGACUUGACUCCCGUUGCACGUUCAUACAGACAGUAUGUGAGACGCUACUGUAGGUUGCUGUGUGAACGUGACAUUUCGAGACUCACACCUGUAAGUAAAUGCGGUUGUCAAUCCCAAAAAAACUGUCUGUGUAAACGUAGCCAAAAUCACAGAACAUGGUAAAUGCAUAGACUCUGUCAAAGAGAGUAUGCACAUGAACUUUUGAAUUUUAGCAUUUAGUUUUAAAAUAUCUGAAUGAUUUUUUUUUAUUAUAUUUAUAUAACAUCAUCUUUUAUCCAUGUAUGGGACAGAAUGCAGACGAAAACGUACUCUCAGAAGUUCAGAAGAAUUUGUGUGUGUGAUAACUUUUGAGUGACUGGUUGUUUAGAGACUCUUUGAUUUGAUAUCAUCUUUGGCCCUGUUUACACUGUUUGAAAUCUCAUUAUUUGACAGUGAAUCGUUUUUGGAAAGUCCUGUUGUCAGCUAACACACUACAGCUGACACGUCUUUUGGGAAAUAAAAUUGUUUAAAAAUUCUAAA